GCUGCGCCAAGACUUGCGAGGUGCUAGAAGCUGGCUGGCCAACCUCUGCAACAGGCUGUGGGCGGAAAGGAGGAGCCAGUGAAAGUGUCGUCUGGGCAGAGAGGCCCCGGACCCCAUAGAGGCCCCCUGCUCUGCUGGCUCCGCCUCUAUCACCCCCACCCACCCAGGGUAUAGAAAUACUGCUGCAAUCCGGGCCACCGCCCACUGCACUGCGACCCAGUAGAGACUUCGCCUCUUAGUCUCAGCAGCUUAGCCAACCGUGCUCUGAGCCCAUGGCUAAAGGUCCCUUUUCGCGCAAGCCCUGGGGUCCAGAGCAGAUGCAUUUCGACUCGGACCCUGAAUACGAGGGCCUGUUCGAUAAGCCUUCCCUGGAGGAGGGCCACAGUGCCCCUGCACCUAAGUCUGCAUCCUCGGCUGGCAGGAAAUCUGGACGGCGCUCGAGCGGGAGGGCUCCGGGGACCCGCGCUGGGCUGUCUCGAAAGGCCACCGUGCGCCCUGAGCCCAAGGAAGAAGAGCCUCCGGUGGAAGAGGGCUGCUACCUAGACCACUUCCCGCACCUGUCCAUCUUCAUCUACGCGGCCAUCGCCUUCUCCAUCACCUCCUGCAUCUUCACCUAUAUCCAUUUGCAGCUUGCCUAAGCGGCCAGGGCCCGACGGGGUGGGCGCAGAGUGGAGGAGAGGGGAGGGGAGAGGAAAGAGAAGCAUAGCCUUUUGUUUCAGAGACGCGCUGCACCCCUUCAUCUAGCGUUCAAAGCUUCUUUUCUUUGUUGUCGCUUUGUCUAACUGUUCCUCAGACGGUCCAGAGUCGCUGCAGGCAAUGGAAUAGCUGUGCUGCUUGCACCCGUACAUUGAGUUCAAUUGGUAUAAUCCUGGCUUGAAUUGAACCCCGUUUGUAAUUAGGAUGUCUCUGUAUCCUACCACUUGUGAUGUGAAGGCCCAGCAUUUUUUGUGUUUGUAGAGAGCAGAGUUCAGCCUUCUGUUUAAAGGAUGAACCAGACCGGAGCCUGUGGCCUCUCUGAGAGGGUACCACAAGGAGAGUCAGCACCCUGGCUCGGAGUGCUGGAGCCUCAUGAUGCUGCGUCACCCUGGGAUGAGCCAGUUGUGCCUAGUUCUAGGACUCUGAGCACCAAGCUGGUGGACCUGGGAGAGCAGCGGAUAUGGCUGGAUGCUGGAGGAGGUUUUGUGGCUACCAGAAGAACCCACGGCCUGUAGUAAGCAGAAUUGACCACCAGAAAGCCAACGCUCAAGACGGGUUUUUGAACUGUGUGGAACAGAAGACCACAGGUCUUCAGAGAUGGAGGAGGCCUAGAAUUCAUGUAUCCUAUGAGAUGAGACUGAGAGCUUUCCUUUGCAGGCUGUCUAUAGGACUGUGCUAGAGAAUUCUAUGUGACUUCAUUUCAGCCUGGAGGCCUUCUGAAGCUGUGGUACCAAGAUGAAGGGGCUGGGAUUAAGGACUGUCAGUAACAGAGUUCCUGCUGAUAUUUGUCCUCUCAGAUUCAAAAAAAAGUGAAUACCAGAGCUCACUUUUGGAGGUUAUUCACCUACCCACUCUUUAUUCAUGUCAGCUGUUUAAAUGCAAAACUUUGCACUGCUAUACUCUGGAAAUAUCUAUAACUGCAAUAUGUCUGAUGGAAUAAAUCAUAUUCUCAGUC